AUGGCAGACAAAGGGAAAGAUAUGUUGGAGAAUUUGGAUGACAUUGUUUUGGUAGAAUCCGAGUCUGAGAAUGUCGUGGAGAAAGUGAACUUAUUGGGUGAUGAAAUUGUAGCAAGAGAUGAUGUGCCUUUGCGAGUGCCUGAGGUCGGAAUGAAGUUCAAUGAUGAAAAUGAAUUGUUUGACUACUACAAAAAAUUUGCUUACGCCGAAGGUUUUCCAGUUAGGAAAAAAAAUUCCAAAAAGGACAACGAUGAUGUUCUGAGAUAUGUCACAAUGACUUGUAGUCGUGAAGGAAAAAGAAGUAGUACUACAAUUGGUUCUUUGAAAUCGCAACCAACCAUUCAGACAGGUUGUAAGGCGAGGUUGAUUGCAUCUAUGGACAGUCGCGGAAUAUGGAGAAUAAACACAGUAAAUUUGGAACAUAAUCAUAAAACAAGUCCAUCCAAGUCAAGACUAUAUCGAUGUAAUCGAAAGUUGAGCGCUCAUGUUAAACGGCGGCUACAAGUUAAUGAUAUAGCAGGAAUUUUAUUACAUAAAAGUUUCAACUCUGCAGUAGUCGAAGCAGGUGGAUACGAAAAUAUGACGUACAUGGAAAAGGAUCGUCGAAACUAUGUUGAGCAAGUUCGGCGUCUGAGACUUGGAGAAGGGGAUGCUGCAGCAAUACAAUCAUACUUUUCGAAAAUGCAAGCUAGUUUUGCCAGGUUUUACUUCUGUAUAGAUCUGGACGAAGAUUCGAGGCUGAAGAGUGUGUUUUGGGCAGAUAAUAGAAGUAGGCAGGUGUAUAAAGAGUUUGGUGAUGUCGUCACAUUCGAUACCACAUACCUCACCAAUAAGUAUGACAUGCCGUUUGCUCCUUUUGUUGGAAUUAAUCAUCACGGACAAUCUACUCUGCUUGGAUGUGGGCUAGUCUCGAAUGAGGAUACAGAUACAUUCGUCUGGCUGUUUAGGACAUGGCUGCAAUGUAUGCAUGAAAAAGCUCCCCAGGGUAUAAUUACUGAUCAAGACAAGGCAAUGCAGAAUGCAAUUGCAAUUGUGUUCCCCGAUACGAAACAUAGAUGGUGUUUGUGGCAUAUAUUGAAAAAGUUACCGGAGAAGUUUGGAUAUCACGUGGACAAGGGUUCAGUAUUUCAUGCUAUACACAGUUUGGUUUACGAUUCACAAUUUGUCGAAGAAUCUGAAGAUGGAUGGAGGGUAAUGAUUGAUACAUAUGAUUUGCAUGAUAAUGCAUGGUUGUCGGGAGUGUAUGAUAACAGAUGCCGAUGGGUUCCGUGUUACUUCAAAACCAGCUUCUGGGCAGGAAUGUCCACAACUCAACGCAGUGAGUGUAUGAACGCGUUCUUUGAUGGCUAUGUGCAUUCAAAGACUUCGUUAAAGCAAUUUGUCGAACAAUAUGAACGGGCUUUGAAGAAUAAAGUUGAGAAGGAGAUUCAAGCUGAUUUCAAGUCUUUCUCACAAAUGGUGCCAUGUGCUACGAGGUAUGAAAUGGAGAAGCAAUUUCAAGCUGUAUACACCAUUGCAAAGUUUAGAGAAGUUCAAGAAGAAUUCACCGGGAAGCUUUAUUGUGACUUGAUCUCGACUUCGGAGGGAAGUUCGGGGACAACAUAUGAGGUAUGCGAGGAACAAAUAAAUGAUGAGCAAUCGCACGGAAAAACGUUCUUCGUCUCUUUUCAGCGAGAAGAUUGCCAAAUUGUUUGCAGUUGCCACCUAUUUGAAUUUCGAGGAAUAAUAUGCAGGCACAUGAUUGUAGUAUUGAUUCGUAAUGGCAUCAAACAUGUACCAGAUAGGUAUAUACUACGGAGAUGGCGGCGAGAUAUGAUGAAAGCAAAGCUGCAAGUAUACAAAAAUGGAUCGAACAUGAAUGCCAAAUGGGGAGUUCGAGUACCUCCAAAGGAAAUAGGCCAAAGGCACGACCAAGUAAUGUUGGCGUUGACGCACAUAUCGUUCAAGUACCUCAACGGUCACAACAUUGCAUGA